AUGAGCUCAGUCUCUCCACCGUCUUCUCCGUCGACAUUGUCUCCUUCGAUCCCACUAUCUCCGUCAAUACAAUCUUCGCCUUCGAUACCAGAUACGCCAUCGAUUCCAAGCUCGCCCUCGGUAUCUCCGUCCCCCUUGGCUGACCCAGACCUCUACGACGACGUUGACCUCGAGGCCGUCUACCGCGGCUACGUUCCCGAUUCCUCCUCCGACGUGGUUGAUCAUCGUUCAAGUAUCUUUGACUCCGAAGCCGAACCCCAGGUGGAUUGGGACCCUGAGUCUGCUUCUGAAUCACAGUCACAUCACUCGGAGGCUGACUCAGAGUCUUUGAUGUCAGUCGAGAUUGACCAUCACGACCCGCUAUUUAACGAUUCGGACCCUUUUUCUCCUGAUCUUGCCGACGAACUUGAGCUUGCACUUCUUGCCGAAAUGGAUCAGUUACCACGUCUACGCGAACAAAGGCCCCCAGGCGACGGCGAAGGAGGCAUGCCGGGGCAAGGUCUCGGCGGCGAUGCACGUCGCAACGGAUCGGGCGAUGUCCUAGUGGACCUGGAGUUGUAUUUUGAGCAGGGGAGAAAUGAGAGGAGAUCCCAGAACAAUCAAAACGGCCCUGCGGAUGUGAUCGACCUGACGAAUGAGCCUGACAGCCCUAUCCAGAGACAUGCGCCUCGCCCUCUGGCGAAUCCGAGAAGACAAAACUCUCAAGGCAGGAAUCCGCCCUCUUUCACGCGGAGCGAUAGUAGCAUCCUUGCCGGCAACGCACCUGUUAUCGACCUUACCGACGAUUCUCCCGAAAUCCCGCGCAGACGUACGCAUGUGCCGCCACCUCCGCCACCCCCUCGUCACCGUGAACGCAGCAGACAGCCGGUUGGAUUCAUGUACAGCGGCGGCAAUGCAUUUAGUGGGCUGGCAGCAGGCAUCAGGCGCCAUCUGUAUCCUUUCAGACUGUUUCCUGGUCCUGACGACGAGGUGCAACUGCUCGGCAUGUUGCAUAAUCGAAUCAACCAAGGCGGAGACCUGAACAACCCUCUUGGAAAUAUACAACUUCAGUACGAGCACGGCGCUUUUGAUCAACGAGCCGAAUCACCUAAACCAGUCCACCAAGCUCCGCCGCCGCCCAGACCUGGGUUUACAAGGGAUACUGCUUCAGAUCUGGUAGUAAUAUGCCCCGCAUGCAAUGAGGAGCUGGCUUAUGACCCCAACGUGCCUGUGAACGAGAAGCAGCCUGCGCGUAAGAGUAACAAGCGUCAGCGCAGUGAGCAUCACUUCUGGGCUCUCAAGGGAUGCGGACACGUCUACUGUGAAGACUGCUUCGAAAACCGCAGACCAGCAGCCAAACGCCCGAAUACUGGCUUUCGGCGCGACGAUGACAGCAAACUCGUCUGUGCUGUGGAUGGUUGCGAAACACAGGCUACGAACAAGACGGCCUGGGUCGGCAUUUACCUUUGA